UUUUUCAGUUCGGCCCUCGUUGCCGGGAUACGCCAGGCGCGCAGAAGCUAGCUGUUAGGCCUGAGGGCCCUGGAAAGCUGAUCUGAGGUGAACCGGAAGCUGUGAGUAGGCUACGAGUGCCUGUGGAAUCCUCAACUGUGACGGCCUCUGAGAGUGGUUGGAGCGCUCCGGAGUCCUGCGGCUGCCCUUCUGCGCCGGCGGAGGACUGAUGCUAUAUUAAGCCUUUUCCACUAUAGUAAACCAGUGGCAAAGAAAAUCAGGUGGAAGUAUAUUGUACAUUUUCUGAAAGUUACCUGAAAAACAGUGCAGUGACUAUUUUUGCUGGAAACAAAGGAUUUGCUGUACUAGCUUUUGGAAAAAGAAGGUGCAGUGGUUUAAGUGAGCAGACAAUGGCCAGUAAUCACAAAUCUUCAUCCCGCCCUGUUUCACGAGGUGGAAUUGGGUUGACAGGAAGGCCUCCUUCUGGAAUACGACCUCCAUCAGGAAAUAUUCGAGUGGCAACUGGAACGCCACCUGGAACAGCAAGACCAGGCUCUCGUGGCCCCUUGGGGACUGGCGGGGUUCUGUCAUCUCAGAUCAGAGUUGCUGACCGUCCUGUCACACAGCAAGGGUUGAGCGGAAUGAAGACUGGGAUGAAAGGUCCCCAGAGGCAAAUUUUAGACAAAUCUUAUUAUCUUGGACUUCUUCGAAGUAAAAUAAGUGAACUUACAACUGAAAUUAAUAAACUUCAAAAAGAAAUAGAAAUGUACAAUCAAGAGAAUUCAGUGUAUUUGUCAUAUGAAAAGAGAGCAGAGACUUUAGCUGUUGGAAUCAAAGAGUUUCAAGGACAACUAGCAGACUACAACAUGUUGGUAGAUAAACUUAAUACCAAUACUGAAAUGGAAGAAGUAAUGCAUGAUUACAACAUGCUUAAAGCUCAAAAUGAUCGAGAAACACAAAGUAUGGAUGUCAUAUUUACUGAAAGACAAGCGAAAGAAAAACAAAUUAUGAGUGCAGAAGAAGAAAUUGAACAAGAAAAACAAGCAGCAGAUGGCAUUAUCAGAAAUAUGUCUCCUGAGAAACAAGUCAAGUACAUAGAGAUGAAAAGCACAAAUGAGAAAUUAUUACAGGAAUUAGAUACACUUCAGCAAGAAUUAGAUUCACUGAACAUGAAGAAAGAGAGCCUGGAAACUGAAAUAACACACUCCCAGGUAAAACAGGAGGCUGUAUUGCUGCAUGAAAAACUUUAUGAAUUGGAGGCUCAUCGAGAUCAAAUGAUUGCAGAAGACCAAAGCGUGGGAUCCCCAACGGAAGAGAGGGAGCGACUGCUGAAACAGGUUAAAGAAGAUAAUCAGGAAAUAGCCAGCAUGGAGAGACAGUUGACAGAUAUAAAAGAAAAAAUAAAUCAGUUUAAUGAAGAAAUCAGACAACUUGACAUGGAUUUAGAGGAUCAUCAAGGUGAAAUGAAUCAGAAAUACAGAGAACUAAAAAAAAGGGAAGAAAAUAUGGACACUUUCAUAGACACUUUUGAGGAAACUAAGAAUCAGGAACUGGAACGGAAGGCACAGUUAGAAGCCAGCAUUGUUGCACUUUUGGAGCAUUGUAGUAGGAAUAUAAAUCGUAUGAAACAGAUAUCUUCUAUCACCAACCAGGAACUAAAGAUGAUGCAGGAUGACCUCAAUUUUAAAUCUACUGAAAUGCAGAAAUCACAAAAUACAGCUAGGAAUUUGACUUCAGACAGUCAACGUCUACAGUUAGAUCUAGAGAAAAUGGAGCUCCUGGAAAGUAAGAUGAUAGAGGAACAACAUUCUCUGAAGAGCAAAAUUAAGCAAAUGACAGUGGAUCGGGAGACGUAUAAUGAUUUGCCAGCUUUAAAAUUAUCAGGUGAAGAAAAGAGGAAGAAAUUGCAUCAGGAGAGAACGGUAUUAUCAACCCGUAAAAAUGCCUUUAAGAAAAUAACAGAGAAGCUAACCAGAGAAUAUGAGACACUGAAAACACAAUUACAAGAAAAUGAGACACAUUCUCAGCUUACAAAUUUGGAGAGAAAGUGGCAACACCAUGAGCAAAAUAAUUUUGUGAUGAAAGAAUUCAUAGCAACCAAGAGUCAGGAAAGUGAUUACCAGCAAAUCAUUAAAAAUGUGACCAAGCAGAUUUCGGAGUACAACAGAACCAUCGUGGAUGCUCUACAUAAUACUAGCAGGUAUGAGAAAGCACAUGGCUUGGUCCAGAGAGCCAACUCCCACAGUCUCUCAAUCACUGAGUAUUUUGUAGAACUACUAUGGAGAACAGGGAUCUGGGAGACCUGUUAACUGAUAGAAUUGGGGAUCGAACUCACGACCUUGUGCUUGCCAGGCAGGUGCUGGCACCACUAAGCUAAACCUCCGGCCCUGUAAAGUUUAUUUCUACUUAACUGUUUUUGACUUUUUACUGUACCCUUUCAAAUUAAUUACCAAUUUUUACUAUUAAUAAUAAAUAUUUUUUUCCUGAGUGAUGGGAUUGUGGGGUGAUCUUAAUCUUCCUCGGGAUUUUUUAGUAUUUUCAAAAUUGUGAUAUACGUAAAAAAAUAUAUAUAUAUAUAUAUAUUUUUAGUACUUUAAUUUGUGUAAGGAUAUGUGGUGGUGCUAUUGUUUGGAGAUAGUUUGAAUGUCCCCUAGGGCUUCCUGUGUUGAAUUUACCUUCCACUGUGAAGCAUUAUGCCGGUGGAAACUUUGUCCAACUAUGGUGUUUAGAUGGGGCUGUGGGGAUGUGAUUAGGAUAAAGUCAUUAGAGUGGAGGCCCCAUGAUUUAAUCCCGGUAGCAUUAUAUGGAGGAAAAGACAGAACCAACAGGCAUGCAUGCUCCUUGUAUCAUGUGCUCGAUGUGACCAUGGGAUUCUGCCAGCUAAAGGCCAUUGCCAGAUGGGGUCUGUAGACUUUGCACCUUCAGAACCAUGAGCCUAAAUAAACCUCUUUUUGUUUGUUUGUUUUUUGAGACAGAAUCUCGCUUUGUAGUUCAAGCAGGCCUCAUACUCAACGGUGAUCCUCCUGCUGUCUCAGCCUCCUGAGUGCUCCAUGUGCCACCAUGCCCACCAAAUCCAGAUUCUACCAUUAGUUUACUAUAUGUCCUUGGAAAGGAACUUUUUUUUUUUAAUUUCAGCAUCUUCAUCUUUAAAGUGGAAUAAUAGUGUUUAACUCCUAAGAUUGGAUCAGAGGGUAUUGCAGAAUCCAAGUUUUCUGACAUAAAUUGUGCUCAGAAAGGUGGCAUCAUUAGCUGUGUGAUGCAUGGGGGGGUUCCCCCCUUUUAAAUAAAGUUGCCUGCCUCCAGUAUUUCAUUAUAGUGACAGCUGCCUAAUAUAGAUAGUAGAACAACUCUCAGUCAUUGGGUCAACUAGAACUGAACCAAUCUUUAAUUAGAAAGACUGACCUAUCUCAUAUAUAUAUGAGGGGAACAUAAUUGAGCAGGAUUUCUUGAAACCCAAACAUUUUAUCUGAGGGAAAUUCUCACUAAUGUUUCUUCCUUCCUCUCAGAGCUUUUCAACAAAUCCAACAAGAAUCUUCUGUGCUGGGAUAAAGCUGCAAGCACCAGCUCUCCCUCAUUCAGUCAUAUCGUUCAGUGAAUUCCAUUGGUGUUAACAUAACACCUUGCAAGACCUAUGGAAAGAAAAGAAGCAGACUGAACAAACAUGUUGAGUAGUUUUACUAAUGAAGAUCAACAUGGGAAAGCCAGCAAGUCUGUUUUUCCCAUCCUUAUCUUUUAUCAAUAAAUAAAUAUGAGUUCUUGGUACUCUUUCUAACUAACUAUAGAGUUCAUUCGGACCAUAUAAAAUCCAGUGCAGGAAGAGAGAAUUAGGAUGUAAAGUAAUGAUAUUCGUCCUAGAGAAAGAAGUCUGUUAGUGAUAGCUCCAGGGGUUCUGUGGCCCUGCCCAGUUUCUCUGUAACUUUCCUUUUGCUAUACAAUUCCAGCAUAAACAACCUUAGUAAAUUAUAGUGUUUAGACUUAAAGAAAUCAAGAAGAACCACUAGAGAGUUAUAAUAAUUAUUUUUAAAUUGAUACUGCAUCUUUCAUUUUCAUGUACCUUUUUAAAUAAAAGUAGGUUUUGUCCUAAAAUUGGUGGCUUAUGGUUUGAGAACAAAUUAAAUGAUCUUUAAAGAGAUAGUUUAUAAUUCAAAGGUAGAAAUUUUAGGAACGACAUAAAAUGAAAAUUUUUUUCAUGUGCUGUCACCAGUAUUUCACCAGUAUCUUUAGAUGUACUACUCUGUCACAAAUAUCUAUAAAAUAAAAUUUUAUAAAAUCA